AUGUUCAGCAACCUGAUCAAGACGAUACUUCCGGCAGCUCUUGCAUUGUGGAUCUUCAUGCUCGCGCCGGGCGCAAGUGCAGAUGUUGGCACGAUGCAAGCCGGGACGACCAACAAACUGCAGCGUCGUCACUCGGGUAGCUACACAUGGUGCAAUGUCAAGGUUUGGUACCAUCACAACAAGGAACCACUCAGCCUCGAAUGGCCAAUGGAAUGGAAGUCAGGCACCUACAAGAUCGACACUGUCGGCAACAUCACCUCGGCCAGCUACGAUCCUCCUUAUAUGGUCGGUAACACGCUCGUCAAUGCCAAUAUGGUCCUCGUAGGGUCGCAUUUCAGAGUCAAUCUCCAACUCAGAGUCGCUUCCGACGGCGAUAUAGAGGGCGUUGCGCUCGUUCUGGUCACACACGGUGGCGCGAUCCCGAAGAAACAGCCUCCCUUUGGCUUGCAAUGCAGUGACGACCCCGCUCACGAGUACAAGAACAUCAUUCCUGCUUACUAA